AUGAGAAGUGAAGCCUUCGCCGCUCCUUCAUUUCCACAAAAGAGUCUUUUGUGUAUAUUUUGCCUCUUCUGGAACCUAAAUUUGGCUCAGGCGACGAUAAAUAACUUAUUGACAGGACUGCCAUCGCCUGAAACCGAAUCGCCGGCCUCGGCCUCAGCCUCAGCCUCAUCACCUUCACCAUUGAUUGUCACACAAACGACAGCAUCAGACUCAUCGGCAGAUCAUCUGGUUCCUUUUGACGACGAAUGUGUAGCUCAUGUCACGCACACGAUUGCCGAUAAUGGUUCUCGAACACAACUCCUGUGUACCGUGAAUGGCCUGUCGUUCCUGAUUCCUUCCAUCAGGGAAUCGUGGAUUAAGGAACAAAUGGAAUUGGGAAAAUUGAUCAGUGAUGAAACGGUGAUGACACUACCAGAGGAUGCCAUGCUGAAUCAAUACACUGAUGAGAUUCACACAACAGAACCACCUACCCUUUGGAAUCAUGAAAUGGAAGAACGGGAACGACGAAGAAGAUUGCGUCGAUUGGCAACGACUGGAACCAAGACUGUGCUUGUGGUUCGCAUCCAGGCUACUGAUAAAACGUCGGCCCUUACCGCCACUCAGAUUGGAAACUAUGUUUUUGGAGACGAUGGGUCGGCAUAUAAUCUAAAAGCACAGACUGCAGCUUGUUCCUUCAAUACGUUGACUUACAACAAAGCGAGUGCUCGCAAUGGUGCAACCACCAGUAUUGCCAACGGGAUUGUAACCAUCCCAGUCAGUGUUGCUACUAGCGUUAACCAGACCAAAAUGACCAAUGCAGUCACGGCUGCACUCCAAACCGAGUUUAGCGUUACCAAACUUCAGGACCUCGCCGAUCAUCUCAUGUACUGCUUUCCCAAAGGAACGAUGGACGAUAAAACUAUUGCAAAUGCCUUUAUGGGUGGCUUCUUGUCAUUUUACAACGACGAGGCAUGCUCUUAUCCAUCAGCGCAAAUUCAUGAACUUGGUCACAACUUCAACAUGGGUCAUUCUUCAGAUAGUGCACAGGAAUAUGGUGACAAGAGCGGACUCAUGGGUUUCUCCUACGAGUACACUGAUAAACCAAAGAUGUGCUUCAAUGCCGCGAAAAGUUGGCAACUUGGAUGGUACGCUUCCAAAGCCGACUCCAUUACUCCUUCUUCGAGUAGCCCCACGUACUCAACAAAACUUGCGGGCGUUGUCGACUUUGCUAUCACCAAGAACAAGGUGUUGAUUGAAAUCCAGCAGACUUCCAGUCCGACGUUUUUCUACGUCAAUUAUAACCGCGCCACAGGAAUCAAUUCUGGAACCGUGGAAGGAGCCAACAGUGUCUUGGUCGUGUCGAAAAAUACAACUAUUGAUACCAACGUUUCCUUUGCAAACGCGACUCUAUCUUCUGGGAAUUCCUUCGCCAUUAGCAACUUCAAUGGCAAAAGCGGAGAGACUCUGACCAUUACGUUUACUUCGUUGGAGAACAAUGAAGCCAACGUGGACAUUGUGUUGACAGGAUUUCCAGAAACUACUCCAACGGCAAGUAUCAACCCAAGUCUGGCCCCGAGCAAGGCUCCAAGCAUGCUUCCAAGCAGAGCUCCGAGUACUGUCCCAAGCAACCAGCCUUCUGCGAAGAUCGUUACCUCUGUCAGUAUUCAGCCAUCCUCGAAUCCAAGUGGAAGUGAAAAACCAUCCAGCAGUCUUGCGCCUUCGAUGAAGCCUUCUAUGCAGCCAUCUAGAACACCGUCGCUUUCGCCAUCGAAUUCACCGUCGCUUUCGCCAUCGCUUGCACCGUCAAUGAAACCAGUCCCCAGUCCCACGGCCAGUUUGCAACCAUCUUCGCAACCAUCGUCGCAGCCUUCCAAAGUGCCCACCAGCACCCCAGUCAGUGGUCCUACUCAAACCCCAAAGCCGAUCUCAAACCCUCUGGGUACACCUCCUAGUGGCCCGAUUGCCAUCCAACGGGUGGCCACGAUUGUGGUCGAAGUUGGAAUCGAUGGUCUGAAUGACUUGGACUUGAUUUGCAAUGGACUCGAAGGUUUUUUGAAAGCCCAUAUUCAAGCGGCCUUUGACACCAACGCCCAGACCAGCAUUGCCUGUACUCAGCAACAAACUCGGCGAGACUUGGUCGUGACAUCCUUUUUGGAUUACGAAAAGCCAAUUCUGUUGACCGUGUCCUCCUCCUUUGCCGAUUUCCGGCAAGCCCCGCGUCAAUACUUUUUCUUAGACUUUUUGGAAGAUUUGGUGGUAUCGGAAGCCGCCGUCGCGGAACUUCCUCAGUAUGUCAAAGACGCCAUGGGUUCCAGUGUGGAAGGUGUCCACAUUCGACUGGUCGAAACAGACGACAAACCACUACUGAUUUUGGCAUUUGGAGAAGAUGCUCCAACUCCAAAUCCCUCGGGCUCUUCACCUACUUCCACUGUGGUGUCCCAGACGUCCGCUAGUGGUAGAAACGCUGGAUAUCUGGUGUCGUUCGGGCUUGGUGUGCUUGGAGUUUGCACGCUGCUGUAG